UUUCCACACAAAGAAAAAGGAAGAGUCGAGCCAUUGAGUGCUUUGCAUCUCUUUUGUUUUAGGUCAAGAAUUGCGCAUCCAGUUUUUGAAAUGGAAAAGCAGAAGUCAGAUGUUCGCUUACUACUGUCUGAAGAACUCGAAGCCAUACGCUCCAAGAUUGUAAAAGGAGAGCUCGUGCUCUUUGUUGGCGAGCAAGUAUCGACUUUAGUCAGUACGGAUAAGCAUGACCCCUCAUUGGAUGACUGGUGGCAAAUUCUCAAUAAUUCUGAGAAAGGCACGAAUGCACUUCUCGAUCUCGAAGACAAGUUUCUGAGAGAUCUUCAGCAGGCACCGUCACGUGUUCACAAUGCCCUACGGAAUGUUGGGAAGUUUCCUCUUAUCAUAACCACCAAUAUGGACGAGUUGCUAGAGCGCUUUCUCUGGAAGACUGGGAACGGUGGCGAGAAACUGCGACUGGACCAGAUUUCCUGUCUCUCCCAGUCCUGGCCAGAUCUGCGUAGAGAUUUGAUCAUCAAGUGUUUUGGGGAUUGUGGUUUUAACGUGCGGGCGUUGCCAAGUAGCAAGAAGUACUUUGAAGACUUCUGCACCACUCUUGAAGGUCCUGAAGUGGAAUUAAUGCAGCAAAUAUUUAAUGAGAGAUCUGUGCUGUUUCUUGGCUGUGAUCCCGAGCGCCCAGAGUACAAGAAUUUCUUCCAAAAAUUUGCAGUUAAUGCCAAGUUUAAACAUUACAAGUUUGAGUCUUACCAGGACUCAGACCUUCAUGAAAAUGGAAAUCUCCUAACGUUAAAGGCAAACAUACAACCCUGGGAAUUCGUGCAGUUCUUGAGUACAGGAACUAUCCAAGCAGAAAUACAACCAGGACAGGUGUACGAAAGAUCCUACCUGCGGACCCAGAGGGAAGAAUAUCUCAAGCAACAGCUCGCACUGGAGAUAAAGGCCUCGGAGAUAAUAUUUCACACCAUUAAUAUAACAAAUGCAUUGUCGCCUGACGAGUACUUUGAAAAGAUUUCACGUCCCACCAUACAAGACAUAUUCGCGAAAGAUCCCUUUGGCGUUUACUCUGAGGAGAAGGUUCAGCGGACGUUGGAUGCAAUGAAAGGAAGGCGUGACAAUCUAAUAAAGCUUAUAACUGAAUCAAAAACCAGCGUCACUGCCUUGUUCUUCUACCACGGAGUGAAGAACGAGAUAGGAGGAUGGAAGCAAGUAGAGAAGGUACCUCCUCCGUCUGACAAGGAAAAAGAGAAAAUCCUGCAAAAGUGCAAGAUUUCCAUCAGUAAAUACGCAAAGGCCGUUCUACUUUGUAAGUCGUUCAUGCGAAGUAAUAGCACCUUGGAAAUUCUCAUUGUUGGUGAUGAGGAAACUUACCAAGUGCAGGAGGUCGAGAAGGAAACCUUUGCUCUCAUCCGCCUCAGAGGGGGAACAGAUGAAGCUAUUUGCUACGCUGAAACAGCCUCAUCUCCUGAAGAUAGAAAAUUCGCCGCUCAACUCAUUAACAUAAACGGGGAUGAGGUGUUGAAUAAACGAAAGGUGUACGAGAGAAGCCGUGCAAACGCCUGGAACAACGAAGAUUCCAUUCUGAAACUCGCCACAGCAAUUAUGAAAGAAAACGCACAGAUGAAAGAAAAAUUCAACAUUGAUGCAAUUGAAGUAUGUGGCUUCAUCUUCAUGCUCCUAAACAUUAUGAUCAGAGUUUGGGAGGCAAAGCAUCCUAAGAUUGUAAAGGUGCUUGAAUGCAUCUCUAUCCAGAAUCAGCUGGCAAUUGUGAUGGAGUUCAUGGCGGGAGGAAAUCUUAAAGCAUAUCUGGAGAAAAACCAUGGAACCGGACAGGGGAAAGAUUUUGCCGUCAGAUUCUUAGAGGAUAUUGGCUCUGCAAUUGAGCAUCUUCACUCGCUCAAUAUCAUGCAUAGAGACGUUAAACCUGAAAACAUUUUUCUGUCAGCUGACCACACAGUACUCAAACUCGGAGACUUUGGUCUUGCUCGCGCAACUGAAGGGACACGUCAAACAAAAACCCAGAUUGGCUCGUAUCGCUACAUGGCGCCUGAAGUGGUCAGCAGUGGGGGACAUUACUCCAAGAAAGCUGAUGUUCACAGUUUUGGUUUGUGUCUGAUUGAAGUGCUGAGUGGUAAGGAAGUGUUUGAUAACAUACUGCAGCAUGAAACGGUGUUCAACAAGAAAAUGGCUGGAGAAAAUCCGACCAUUCCGGGUAUUUCUGUUGAAGAAUUUGGAGAGGAACUUGCCUUAAAGCUCAAGAAAAUUAUGGUCGAGUGUCUGAAGCCAGAGAAAUCACGUCCCGAGAUGCAUUUUGUUCUCAACAUACUGAGAGGGAAAAUAUCCACACGCAAAAAUUCAGUGGAGCUGUACUGCGUUGGAACUGGGACAGGCACAACAGCCGUCCUUCAUGGCCAGCCAAGCUCCUCUGCAAUUGUAUUUCACAAAGGGAAACCUUUGCUUAUGGCGGAUGUUGGAGCCGGUGUCGUCAAAGCUUGUAGGGAGAGACUUGCUUACAACGAGUUCCCAAGGAAUGUUUUUAUCACACACAACCACCUGGAUCAUGCUGGUGAACUGCCUUUGCUCUUCGUAUUCGAGAGCAAGCGGAGAUAUUUGGCUGGCGAACCUCGCUUGAGGGUGCUGUCAGGCCCAGAGGUGCAACAAAAACUGAAGACACACAGAUUGGACGAGAUGCUCAGUCUAUAUACACCAGAACAAGUUGCAGACUGGCUGGCGUGUGAACAAGAUGGAAGUCCAACCUACUUGGAUGAUGAUAAACAGUUUUUUAUCAAAACUUACAAGACGCUUCAUAGCGAAAUCUGCUAUGGAUUUGUGCUCUACUUCAAAGAGGAACCAAUUCUUGGUUACUGCGUAGACUCUGGCUUCAGGGAGGACGUGUUCGAGUUCUUCUUCCAGGCCUCCACCGUGAUUGUUGAUGCGAGGGACAAGGGCACUGAGGAACACGCUUCGUUUGCAGAAGUUGUUGAAUACGUUCAGAGAAUUCAGCCUUCAGACACCAAGGUGUACAUAACUGGAUACGGUGUCGACGCAGAGUACCCGGAGGAAGGACUGACAGGAGUAGAACAACUGCGAGCGGAUCAAUACAUCACACUCUGGGAUGAAGAAACCAGUGGCCGUUAGUUCUAAAAACCAAAUCAAGUUCCUCUAGGAUGAAUAACAAGCGCUCCCAUUUUGAAUGAAGUUUACCAAAAAUCUCAUUUCAUGCUCUUUAACAAUAGGAAGACCGUAUUUAUUUUAGUGAAAUCUUUAAUUUGUUAUGAUUAGAGA